ACGAGAUCAGGCGCCUGCGUGAGAGGCUCAGUGCCGUCACCUCUGAGUCUCUGCUGGCCACCUCCACCAACAUCGCGAAGCUCGUUUGCAAAUAUUUCCCCCGAGGCCAGGCCUCAGGCUUCAUGAGCAGCAUUGUGGAGAGCCUGCUGUGCACCAGGCCCGUGUGCGCGUGGGCCGCUGAGCGGUGGACGCUCACCUUCCUGGGGGAUUGCGGAGAGCAAAUAUUCCAGGAGGAGGUGCCCAGACUCGUGCACCUCCUUUACACCUGCCUGCGGAGCACCCGGCAGAGCGCUCGCAGGUGCUUUGUGCUGCGGGCCGUGUUCCUCCUGGCCCACUCUCACCCACAGCCGGUGCUCGACAGCCUCCUCCAGGCGUGCCCGCCCACAGACAGCGACAUGGUGGAGGUGUGGAGGAGCCUGGGGAGAAGCGUCCUGGGGUGCCAAAUCCUGGUGUGCUUAACUGAAAAGUUAAGGGCAGCGGGAAAGAGCAGCCACAGGAGCGAGUGCUGCACUCGGGAGCUGGGCAGCAGCCAGGCUGCCCUGGAGCCUCGCACGAUCACCCACGCCCUCUGCGAGGUGGUGUCAGUGCUGCAGAGGAAGACACUGGUCCAGCGCCUGCUUCCCUACCUGCUUCCCGGCCUUCUGAGGCAGGUCAGCGAGGCGCUGGGGGAGGAGCUGGCACCGUCCGUUGGGGACCUGGAGAGCGCUGACAUGCCGGGCAGCGUGCUGCUCCGUGCAGAGCUCGUCCCACAGCGCCUGCUGCAGAGCCUCUUCCCCUGGCUGGAUUCGCCCUCUGCCAACCUGCGGCUCACGGCCACAGCUUUCUUUGCCGAGCUGAUGAAGGACAAGCUAGUGGAGGAGAGGAAGCUGCUGAAGCCGCUCCUAGAGGCCUUGGGGGAGAGAGCGCGCGACCCCGUCAGCACCGUGCGGCAGAUGGCCGUGAGAGGUCUGGGCAACGCGGCCAGCGGAGCACCCGCGAAGCUGCGGAGGCACGGGGCGGCCGUGGUGUCGGUGCUGCUCAGAGGCCUGGAGGACGCGGCCAGCACAGAGGUGGCUGCCGAGAGCCUGCUGGUGCUGGCGAAGGUGCUGGGGCUGCUGGAGGCGAGGGCCGUGGGCUCUGCCUUUGAAGAGAUCUCCAGGGCCAGCCGGGCGUUCUGGGGGGCGGAGGAAGAGGUGCUGCGCCGCUCGGCCUUCGUCCUCUAUGGCGCCCUGGCCUCCUCCGCCUCUCGGAGGAGGUCAUUUUUCAGCAGAGAGGUGGAGGCGGCAUUUCCCAGCCUGGUGCUGCACCUCGGGGACCCGGCCCCGGCCGUCUGCAACGCGUGCAAGGUCUCCCUGCACCUGUGUGCCCCGUUUCUGGGGUCAAAGAGGGUGCGGCAGCGCAUCGCCGCAAGCAUCGGGCUGAGCGCGGCCGAGCUGCAGGAUGAGAUCUGCAGGCACCUGGCCCAAGACUGCCCCGUGCUGCUGGAGAGGCUCUGGAGCACAGCCCGGAGCUGCUGCAUGGGGAGCUGCGUGGCGCCGCAGGCAGCAGCCGUCCACGUCCUGGGCCUCCUCCUGGACACAGUGCCGACCGCGUGGCUGCAACAGCAGGACCUGGCGUUCCUGUCGGGAGGUACAUCCAGUUAA